CCAAAGACCACCAAUGACUCUUACGAGAAAACAAUAUCAUGAUCAGGAGGAGGAGGAGGAGCAUUGCCCAAAUGGGCACCGACUAGAACUGAUCAUGAAGAAGGCGCCUACAAAUUCCUUUACCUGCGACGGCUGCAAGGAAAUGGGAUCUGGCCCUCGCUACAGUUGCUGCGAUACCUGCAACUAUGAACUCCACACGGAAUGCCACAAGCCUUGUCCCACCAUGAAAUCCCACCACUUCCCUCCACAACACACAUUCGAGUUCCUCCGAGGACCAAAGUCUCCCUGUUUCUGCGUUGCCUGUGGAAAGGGUAUCUCGGGCUUCGUUUACCACUGCAAGGACAAUCCUGGACUGUACCUCCACCCUUGCUGUACUAAUCUUAAUAUCGUUCUCAAGUUACCCUGCAUGAUGAUCAAAGAUGCAGCUGCAGAUGCAGAUGCAGCAGGUGCAGACUUUUUCCUACAGGACGAUGAUGCUGCUCGUUAUGAUGACCUCGCAUCGAAACCAUGUUUCUAUUGCAAGAAAACCGAGGGUUUUCCGGGGUGGUCUUACGUGCACUUCUCCGGUGGGACUGGGGGUUAUCGAUGUCAUGUUUAUUGUUCCAUGCAGAUAACCCGGCGGCAAAUAUCCAUGGAUACAGAGAAGGGUCAGACUGGUCAGUGUUGCACUUGCAGCGGUGGGCAUCAAUUAAAACUCACGAAGGCGCCUAUGAAUAUAAAAAAUAGUAAAUCCUACUUCAAGUGCGACGGCUGCAAGGAAAAGGGAUAUGGUCCCAGCUACGGUUGCGAUAUCUGCAAGUUCUACCUUCACGUGGAAUGCCACCAGCCUUCUCUCACUGUCCAAGACAACUGUUUACCAGGACACACCUUCGAUUUCCUCCGCCACCCCCCUUCUCCUCCGGCCAAGUCCGGGCCCUGCUCCUGCCGGGCCUGUGGAAAGUCGGUCCUUGGGUUUUCUUACCACUGCAAGGAGAGUGGGUGGAACCUCCACCCUUGCUGUAUCAAUCUGUAUCCCAAAAUCAACUCCUCCAGCUCCAAAUCCAAAAUUGAGUUAUUCCUACGACGAAAUGAUGAUAUUGCGGGAAGAAGCAAAUUAACGAAAGCUUGUUACUGGUGCAAGAAAACGACUCUGUCGGAGACAAAUGAAGAAGUGCCGGGAUGGUCUUACGUGUCAAAGUGUGGGGUUCAUCGGUAUCACGUUUAUUGUAUGAUGGAGAAGGUGCCGGAGAUUCGUUGUCGUCGAUUACUUCAGAUUGCUGACAGAAUGAGUAGUAAGGGAAACGCCAGGACUAAUAAUAAAAGGGAUGAUGAUGAUGGCGAAUUUUGGUUGAGCGUUCUGUCAAAUGUAUUACAACUUAGCACGGGUCUUGAUCCGACUUCUGUUCUAAUCGAUAGUCUCGUCGACUUGAUAAUCUAAUCACCACUCCAAACAGGGCAAAUAAAAAUAUUAAAUCAGAUAAAAGAGAAAAUUGUAGCCUCUCUUCUUGUUCUUGAUUCUUCUUCUUUUUCCUUUUAUUGGAGAUUAUGGCCUUGUAAAAUGCUUAAUAAAAGAGAAAAUUGUACAA